AGUGAGAGAAGAGCUUAAUAAAAGAAGACUGCAUUUUCCAGACAGCAAAAUCUGAUGAUGGCGUUAGAUUUAGGCUUCAACUCGACAUCGAACACCACUGCUGUGGGAUCAGAGAAGAUCGCUCCUGCUGUAGUUCUGGGUUUGUGUUGUUUAGUGGGUCUGCCAAGCAACAUCACUGUUAUCAUCAGCAUUGCUCGUGAGUGGAACAAAAAUCUGAGUUUCACCUUAAAGCUAAUGCUCAACCUUGCGGUCUCUGACACUCUGACUCUUUCCUUGGCUCCUUUCGUGCUGCAUGGGAUACGCUUUGGAUGGAAACUCGGCCUGUGGUUUUGUAAGAUCCUGUUCUUCUUGGGUAAAUGGAGUCUGUUUGUCGGUGUCCUGACGGUCACGUCUAUGAGUGUUCACCGCUAUCACAAUGUCAUCAAGUCUAGGGUUGCUAACAGGAUGAUUCUGCAUAGAAUAGAGCGACGCCACAGACACAUUCAGCUGAUCUGCAUCUCGGUUCUCGCCUUUGCUUUUGCUUUACCAUUACUUUUCACUCGCAGACUCAACGACAACAAUGGAUUUCAAAGAUGUCAGAGGUCAAUCACCUCAUCCUCUAUCGAAGUGACUUUACUGUUUCUUGACAUCCUGCUGGGGUUUGUCAUGCCAUUUUUGAUCAUGUUGACAUCUUAUCUCUGGAUGCAUAAAGGUUUGAGUCGAAAGUCAAAAGGUUUAACUACAGCUCAGAGAAAACAGGGGACAAAAGUAAGGACUUACAAGAAGAGACUUGUGGUCAGUGUCGUUGUGGCUUUCUUUCUGUUUUGGACUCCUGUGCAUGUAGUCAAUGUAAUUGAUAUCGUUACUGCUCUGACUGAAACAUCUCAUCCCCAUGUUCAUUCCCAACUGAAGUCCUUCCGACAAUAUUAUGGUGAUACCAGCAAGACUCUGGCUUUGCUAAACUGCUGCCUGGAUCCUUUCCUCUAUGUUUUCUUAUCAAGGAACAUCAUAAAGUGUACUAAGUAGCACCUCCAACUAUUCAAUUAACAAA